CAAUACGCUUGUAAGCCUGAAUAUUACAGAUUGCAACAGAAACAAAGGAGUUACCCAUUGAACAGUGAAAACUCGUGAGCAAAAGAGUUCGACGGACAAAGAAGGAGAAAAAAGUACUGUAAGAGAAUGGAACAAAAUAGUGAAGAGAGUGAACCAUUUACUGCUCCGUACAAACGUUCCGCGCGACCUCAGUUCAAUUAUUUCUAUGGGAGCACAGCAACUUCGGUGACACCCCCAUCAAGCGUCCAUACGGAUGAACAGGACUCGCUAGUAGGAGAAGAGCUGAUUUCCACAGAUAAUGAAUGCGAUAUUCAAACCAAUGGCGACGAUAGAACAUACCAACGAGAAUCAUUCAUUGAUGGCAAUGGAGUUACUCAGCGAACGAACCACUCUGCCACUCCAUCAUCAGCAAAAAGUUCAUCCAGGAAAUUCUUACCACUCAAUCCCAUUCUGACCUUYGUGUUAACCACGGGAGCUUUCGCAGUCGCUGUGGCUCUUCUCAUCCCAACAAAGCAGAACAAUGUUUCGAUUUUGUCACAAUCCUUUGUCAUGCCCUUUCCCACGGUGGACCGCGGCGACUACGGCGAUCCGGUGGAAGGCUUCAUUGAUACAAACCUCUUUGCGCCACACUUGGUUCGUGAUGGCGGUGCAGUUGUAUCGGCAUUAAGCAAUGAUGGCGAAAGUGGUCAACCUCAGCAUUCUCAGUCUUUUUCAUUUCCGUUCCCCACCGGAGCUUUUUGGACAAAUCUUGUGGUAGAUCCUCCCCAGGGAAACAAAAUGUCGUAUCCUAUCGCUGUCUACCCCUUCGCAUACCGAUGGUCUCCAUCAUCGCUAAGAGUAUCGUAUCCAGCUGCUCAUCGAUUGAAAGAUAGCAAAUCGGUUGUAGAUGCGUUUCUUCCCGAAUUAACCUUAACGACCCACGAAGAGAUUACGAAACGCCACAUUGUGGAUUACGACCCACUGAGUGUAUCCUUGGAAUUUCUUUCGUCGGGCAAUAGCAAAUGGGAGACAUCUUUAGUACAAGGAAGUCCYUACAUAACGAUUGUGUACACGAAACAGACUCCUGUCUUUACACCGCUAAGUAUUUUCAGCGAUGUWCAGUGCCCGGGAGACGACGUCGAGGAUUUUGCUUCCUUCGUAGAAGAGAACGAAGAUAGUGACAGUCGAAAGCUAUUUGGUGUCUGCAGCAUUGAUGUAAGACCGGAAUUAAUGCGCAACAUGGAACCUCUCGUUCUCGCGCUCUCUUUUCACGKUUGUGUUGUCGAUAAUUGUACAAACGYAAUUAACAAUUUCUGUGUUCAGUGACACCAUGAUCAUCUAACAAUUCUUUUGUUGAUAUCCUUUGMUUAUCUCUUUGAAACUUAUAGAGGAGCGAUACAAAGCGAACAACUAUGCGCGGGGUUCAGUUUGUAUUUAAAACACCUGAAGGUGUCAGUUGGUUCAUGUUCGCAUCUGAACCCAUCAAUUUGGUAUUCGACAAGCUUACGAUGACUACGAUAUCCACCGCUGCUCCUAUCACUGGAGUGAUAAGGCUAGCAUAUAUUCCCAAAACCGACGACGAGAAGAGCGUCAAAACUUCGACAGCAAUAAAACGCCUUACUUAUCACUCGGAUAUAUAUCCAAUAGGAGGAGAUCUUUCGUAUGAACUGCAUCGAUCAGGGUCUUCGUUGUCUUCAUUGUCGGGCUCUGAGCAUGGGGUUGAUGCAGCGAAAAAUCAUGCUACCAUAACAUUUAAGUUUGAGACGCGUUCCAUGCGAAGCGAUACCCUUACAGGUCAAACCACGAAAAAUUUGCUGAUGCUAGCCUUGCCGCAUCAUGCCGAGGUAAUAUCUGAGUCUGACAAAUUAGAGGACGAGAAUUUUGACAUCAAUUACAAAUGCAUAAAAGGGCCUAUGACUCCAAUACUUGGUUCCACCUGGACCUUCGAUGAGCCACUCUAUGAUAUGAAAUUCGAUGCACCUAUCCAGAAGGUAGAUGACAACAUCAAAAGCUUAAUUUUGCAGCAGGUUCAGGAUGACUUGAAACAAGUCUUACCAAAUCCUAAUGAAAAUGUUUACGGUUAUGGGAAACAGGUCGCUAGGCUGGCACAGCUAGCCCAUAUCGCGGAUCAGUACGAAACGAAAAACGAUCAAGYCAGAAAUGUUACCGAUGGGAAGGAUGAUACUAGUGUUUUGAGCCAAGCGACGAUACAGCUGUCGAAGUAUCUUGAGAAGUACUUAUCAUCGGAUGUGAGUGAUAGUCUUCUCUUCGAUACCAAUAUUGGAGGACUUUGUUCGAAAGACGGCCUACUUGAUACUGGUGAGGACUUUGGAAAUGGAAGAUACAACGGUGAGUUUAUUUCUGUGCAUUUCUCGGACUUUCCUAUCCCGAACUAAAACGUUGUAUGAUCUUAACUCCUCAAUGUUGCUAUUUUUCAAUAAAGAUCACCACUUUCACUACGGAUACUUUUUGUACGCAUCCGCAGUCAUGGCGAGGAUCGACCCAUCCUUUAUCGAUCGAUUUGGAUCGCAUGUGGAUGCAAUAUUCCACGACAUUGCUUACUCCUCCAAUGGGAGCUCUCGAGGUGCURAGCUCCAAAGCACAUUUUUUCCGAUGUCCAGACAUAAGUCAUGGUUUGAUGGCCACUCAUUUGCGACGGGAUUGUUUCCAUUUGCGAACGGCAAAUCACAAGAAAGUUCGAGUGAGGCAAUAAAUUGCUAUUAUGGAGCCUAUUUGUGGUCAUUGGUAAGACACAAAGAAAUAGAUUCAGAAGUCACCGGCUUUUCACAGCUGUUGCUCUCAACAGAAAUUCGAAGUGCGAAAACCUAUUGGCACAUGCUUCCRCCAAGCGCCAUGGAUAAUAGUACCGACCUAUAUUUACAUUUGUAUCCUUCCAAAUUCGAGGAAAAUUACAUGGUAGGAAAUCUUGGCAUGUUGGACGUCAACUCAAAUACAUGGUUUGGUAACGACCCACUCUAUGUUCAUAUGAUCAAUGCCAUUCCAAUCACAGCUGCAUCGAACCUACUUUUUGAGGCAGAUUUUGUUAAUCACGAGUAUCCUUUUUUGAUGAAUGGUCGAGGAGGUGUAGAAAUGGCCUGGCGAGGGUACACUGUAUCGAUUCAUUCAAUCAUUGAUCCGAACAAGGCAUGGGAGGAUGCUAAUUCACUCAUGAGCAAUCAGUUAGAUUCCGCUUUGAGCAAAAGCCAAGUUUUGUACUUCAUUAGCCAACAGCCAGGGUUCAAUGUGACUCUAGAUGCCGAACAAAGCAUUGGCGGCAGUGAUACCAUACCAUCGUCGCAAUCAACAUCAUCUCCUAUCUCAUCUUGCGAGAACAAUYCAGGUUGCGCCGAACUCAAUUUAAGAGGGGAGUGUUGCCCCACAGUUAGUGGUAUUACAUUGGGGUGUUGUAACAAUUAAAUGGAAUUAUGCUAUGAUUUGUGUAUUAGUUGUGUGGUGACUUCGAUGAGAACGUAGAACGAUGACUUUGACUCGCUAGUACGAAACCCUUACAAGGGAAAUUAGAGCAAUAGCAAGAGUUGGUAUAAUUGGUCUUACAAAAUAAUUAAAAAGUUUUACACUGAACACGUAUUGGAUCCCAACAUUCGAAGAAAAUAUUGGUAAAAAUAUAACUUCAUGUAGCCCUGRUUGUAUGUAUGACGAUGAAAUCAUACGAAGGGGAGAGCCGCAAGGUUGACUCCCAGGACAUCCUCUUUCCAUAUGAGACGGUUUGUUAUUUACAAUCCAGCGUUUUGCGAGGAAGCAGCAAGGUUGAUUCGAGCACGUCCAAGCUUUGUUCGCAAGUAGUAGACGUAACCGGAAAGGAGGAGAGCUGCAGAAAGGAACACUCCAGUGGCGAUCGCAGCGGCUGUGGACUUUCUUGUGGACGAAGUUCGGAUAACACCAUCGUCUCGRAUGACCUUGAUUCCUUCGAGAUAAGAACAGGCCGACUCGUUGGGGUAGUACACACUCAUCUUGGUUUCGCACUUUCCGGCAUCUUSGUAAACACUUUCGCACAUUUCGUUGACUUCACCGUACAUUCCACAGCUCAUACACUGGAGGCUGACCAUAGACGACUCGGAAUAAGGCAAGGACAUACCGUUAUGCAUCAUCUUGAAGAUCUCAGGACCUUCAGAGGCGGCGACAGUGCAGGUAUCGUCGUAGAAGACACCAAGACGGAUUUCUCCUCCCUGCUGAGCACAGUAUGGUCCAACGUAGUACUGAACAUCGUUGUCUUGGUUUUGGUAUUGGUAGUACUGGCCGCUGCUGUAGUACUGGUUGUUCAACUCUCUAAGUUGACGAGCACGUGCACGUUGGUUGUUAUUCAUAUCCAUUUGGCUGCACUGCAAGUAGUCUUCAAAGUUGACGUUGUAUCUAUCAUCAAGUUUACGGUUUCCGUAGUAACCGUUSUUCUGCCCGUUGUUCAYGUACUGGUUUUGAAUGUUGGACAUGUAAGCGUUAACGUAAGUUUCCAUAUCGAUGAUGUAAUCUCCGUAGUUGGAAUCACAACCUUUGGUGGUGGYAGAAGUACAAGUUUCUGCGGGACACAUGCGGAAUCGAACAAGACGCUGGGUCAUGAUCUUGAUGUCAUCCGCAUCUKSAGCGUUGUCAUUCCACUGCUGGACAUGGUGGCAUCCCUGGAACUUGACACURUAAUUGGCAAGAUAGGCGGUAUCAAUUUCAUCCCAGUUGACUUCUUCGCCAUUGUUACCAUAUUGUUGCUGUCCGUUUCCGUAAUUGUAAUUGUUCUGAGCUCGACGAGCAUUCUGGACCAACUUGCGUCCGGCCUUACUGUUCAUGGGGAUAUCACCAUUGGAGUGGUUGAUCACGUUGGCCUGGGCCAAGACGCAAGUGAGAGCAAGUACAGCGAGCCGAGAAAACAUGAUGAAAUAAUUWUUGUGSUCUUUC